AAUCUUCAGCUUCUCCCAAGAUCGGUAAACAUCAAAAUUGGGACUACAACUACCAUGGAUGUCCUUCAAUCGUCCUUCCCACCGUCGAACGUAACGUUUCGAUCUGAUAUCUCCAUACCGGUGAUGUAGCCUCUAUUAUAGUUCUUGAACCGAACCAAAUCCUAUUUCUUCCUCGACGCCUACCCUCACUUCCCCUGGUCCGGCGAUCCCACGAACAUUAAUCUCGACCAUGCGCUUUUCAAAGGGAACCAAACUUACACCGACCCGCGAAGUGGCUUAACCUACACCAACCUCCUUGACCAGAUGCUCGACUCGGUUAUCUUCGCCAUGACCAAGCUUGGGUUCGCGAUCAUUCGGUUGGUAAUCGCCGAAACAGGGUGGCCCAAUGCCGGAGACGUCGACCAGAUCGGAGUGAACAUCUUCAACUCAGCUACAUAUAACCGAAAUCUAAUCCAGAGAAUGACGUCCAAACUAGCAAUCGAAACUCCAGCCCGUCCAAGUGUAGUAAUACCGACAUUCAUUUUCGCGUUGUACAAUGAGAACCAGAAGGGUGGAUCGGGAACUAAACGGCACUGGGGAUUGCUGAAUCCGGAUGGAACCUCAGUUUAUGAGGUCGAUUUGACUGAAAAACGGCCGAAAUUCGACUAAUAGAACAUGGCUUCGAGUUUUGACCAGUGGGAGAAGGAUCCAUUGUUCUCCGCCGCAGAGGAAGUUCAGUCGCGUCUCAGUGAAGCGGUAAGCGUAGCUAGCUGCUAUGGGCUCGAACAGGGGAUCAUUCCUGGACGCUAACAGCGUGAACCAUGCCGUCACCAUCGAAGAAAUGGUGAUCGGCGACGGGCUCAAACAGGGGAUCGGUGUGAACCGUCCAAGGUUUCGGUUUCAUCGGGAGAAGGUGUC